AUGGUCCCAGCCCGUCAUUCUGACACCGGGCGGCGGACACCAGCAACAACUAUUUAUUUAGUGAUCGCGAAGGGGGGACGGGCUUGCAUCGCGUCUGCUUCUCAGUUUGCGGUGGUCAGCUGUGGUGGAGACAUCAUGGUCUUGUCGCUGCGGAGCUGGCUGGCCAACGAGGGAGCCAAGCACUUUAUCUUGUUGCUGUGGCUGGGGACGAAUGCCUGGUUAUUUAUCAGGACGUUUCUGCUUUACUCCACGGGACCACAGUACUACUACCUCCACAAGAUGCUCGGGCUUGGCCUCUGCAUGAGCCGUGCGUCUGCCUCAGUGCUCAACCUGAACUGUAGCCUGGUUCUGCUGCCCAUGUGUCGAUCCCUUCUCACAUUCUUCCGAGGGACACAGAAGGUGUCCAGCAGAAAAACGCGCCGGCUGCUGGAUAAGAGUAAGACCUUCCAUGUGGCGUGUGGAGUCGCCAUCUGCAUCUUCUCCGUUGUGCACGUUUCUGCUCACCUCGUGAAUGUUGUCAACUUCAGUGUCAGCUAUUCAGAAGAAUUCCCCGCUCUCAAUCUGGCCCGCUACAAAGGAGAGGAUCCCAAGAUGAUUGUUUUCACUACAAUUCCUGGUGUCACUGGAAUCAUGCUGGUUCUCAUCCUGUUUUUAAUGUUUAUCUCAUCAUUCCACUGCAUUAGGGCUUCCAACUUUGAGAUCUUCUGGUACACACACAACCUUUUUAUAGUUUUCUACAUAAUCCUGAUGAUGCACAUUGUUGGUGGUGCUUUGAAGUACCAGACCAAUAUGGAGGCACAUCCCCCUGGUUGCUUCAGAUCAAACCAGAACAUCACAGAACAGCAGAGACGUGAGGAGGAGCAGGCUGAGGCUGCAGGGCCGCGGUGCAGGGAGGAGCCCGACUUCCACCAUCACUAUCCCCAGACUUGGCUGUGGGUGUCUGCUCCCCUCUGCCUCUACUGUGCCGAGCGUGUCUACCGCUAUAUUCGGAGUAGUGACCCUGUGACUAUAGUGACUGCCACAAGACUCCCCUGUAAUGUCAUGGAACUGCGCAUGGUCAAGAAAAACUUCAAAGCCCGCCCAGGACAGUAUAUUUUACUCAACUGUCCAGGUGUCUCUUCUUUUGAGAACCACCCCUUCACACUGACAAUGUGUCCCUCAGAAAACAACCAGAGCUUCGGCGUCCAUCUGAGGGUGGUUGGUGACUGGACUGAUCAGUUCACACAGCUUCUCCUCCCCCCACCAAAGCUAGGCCUCGAAAUCCUUCCCAUGGUGCAACAGAGGAGAUAUCCCAAGAUUUACGUGGAUGGGCCGUUUGGUAGUCCUUCAGAAGAUGUAUUCAACUAUGACGUCAGCCUCUGUGUGGCGGGGGGGAUCGGGGUCACACCGUUUGCCUCUGUGCUUCACGCUUUGCUUGACAGGUGGACGGGCUUCAGAUUGAGGAGAUUAUAUUUUGUGUGGGUCUGCAGGGAGCCCCAGUCCUUCUACUGGUUUGCUGACUUGCUAUGUGCACUGCAUCAAAAGCUUUGGAUGGAAAACAGACCAGACUAUUUCAAUCUGAAACUGUAUCUCAGUCAGGCUGGCAAGUUGCAGAACAUAUCAGAGGAGAAAUACCAAAUGCUCGCUUCAAGACUGCAGAUCGGGCGACCCAAGUGGAAGCAGCUGUUUAGUGAAAUUGGACAGGCUAAUGCAGGACGGAGAGUGGGCGUGUUCUGUUGUGGACCUAAAGGCAUCUCCAGGACUCUGCACAGACUCUGUAACUCCAACCCACACACUGGAACCAUAUUUGAAUUCAACAAGGAAUCCUUCAGCUGA